AUGGCUACCUCAAACUGCACUCGAGUCUUGUUCUUGUCUCUGUGUUUCAUCCUUAGCAGCAAAGAAGCAUCGUCCCAGCUUGAUGAGCUAUGGCUAGUCGGCGAUAACGACGACGAUCCACUCAACGCGUUGCAGACAAGGCGUGAAAGAAGAGAUCAGGAGAGGUGCGAUUACUCGGUAGGGAAAUGGAGCUACGACGAAACGUAUCCUCUCUAUGACUCGGACUGUCCGUAUCUAAGCCCUGCGCUAAGCUGCCAGGGAAAUGGAAGACCUGACUCUUACUACCAGAAAUGGAGAUGGCUUCCUAAGUCUUGUUCACUUCCAAGGUUUAACGCAUUGAAAUUUCUGGGGAAAAUGAGGAAGAAAAGAAUAAUGUUGGUUGGAGAUUCAAUAAUGAGAAACCAGUGGGAGUCUCUUGUCUGCUUAGUACAAUCUGUGAUCCCAACUCAUCGCAAGAAGCUCACUUACAAUGGUCCUACAAUGUCUUUCCAUUCUCUGGAUUAUGAAACAUUAAUUGAGUUCUGUUGGGCUCCUCUGCUUGUGGAGCUCAAGAAAAGAGGUGACCAUAAAAGAGUGUUGCAUUUGGACUCAAUCGAAGACAAUGCUAGAUACUGGCGAGGUGUCGAUGUUCUUGUAUUCGAUUCUGCUCACUGGUGGACCCACUCUCAGAAAUGGAGCUCGUGGGACUAUUACAUGGAAGGGGAGAAGCUCUUCAAAGCAAUGGACCCAAUGGUUGCUUACGAGAGAGGACUUACCACGUGGGCUAAAUGGGUUGAGAUUAACCUUGAUCCUUCCAAAACCAAAGUCAUUUUCCGCACCAUCUCACCGAGAGAGAGUGGUGAAAAGUGCUACAACCAGAGACAUCCAUUGCCUUCUUCUUUGAACAGAUCGCACGUUACUGAGCAUUCGAGAGUGUUGAAGAAAGUGCUAAUGAGUAUGAAAUAUCGAGUGUAUUUGCACGACAUCACAACAAUGUCUGCGUACAGGAGAGACGGACAUCCUUCAGUGUUCAAGAGAGCAAUGCGCGAGGAAGAGAAGCACCAUCGUGUUGCUGGACAUUCGUCAGACUGUAGUCACUGGUGCUUGCCUGGUGUCCCUGAUAUUUGGAAUGAGAUGCUUUCUUCAAUUAUCUUAACCAAAUCUAUAUAA